UAUGGACAUCAUCGAAAGUGAAACGGAAAAUCAAGAAAAUAGCGAAGAAGAUACAGUCACGUCAGAUGAUAAAAGCGAUUGUUUAUCAGAAAUCUUCGAGGAAAAUGAAAUGUGGCGUUACAUGCCGGAUUCCAUUCUUUUGAAUAUCUUUCAAUAUUUGACACCGAAGGAACUAACGAUUGCAGGAGAAGUAUGCAAAUCCUGGCACAGAGUGUCCUACGACGAAUUUUUGUGGAAAGAUCUAUUCCAUCGGGCGUACGGAAUAGAGCCUAAUGUCGGCAUUAUGCCAGGAAAAAACUCUUGGCUAGGAGAAUUUAAACGUUUAACAUAUCACGUACCACUGAUAGAAACAGAAGUACUUACAAAACACUCUCAUCAAGUACUACAUGUUAGCUUUUCACAUAAUGGAAAAAUGUUUGCCACCUGUUCGAAAGAUGGAUACAUUUUUGUUUGGGAAAGCCAAUAUCCUGUUCGAAUAAAGUAUCGUCAAAACAUGGAGUCAUUUAGAUGGGAAUACACACAAUUUUCACAGUUCAAUUCCUCUGAUAGUUUAUUACUUGUUUCUGGUGCACGUUUUGAAACUCCUCACAGCACUUCAGGCGAAAUAGCAGUGUUUAGUCUCACUUGUGGCUUUGAUUUGCAAUGUAGAGUAGCAAACAAUCCCUAUGACAUAUUUGGUACAUGGUACAGUGAACAUUAUCUUUUAAGUGGAAGCCUGCACUGGUUAGCACAUUCGGUUAGCACUAGUAUCCUCUGGCUCAAUAAGGCGAAUCAAGAGUUAUCCAGUGAAAAUAUACCGAUUAUAACACAACUUUUUAGGUUUUGCAACGGUAAUAGUUCCUCCGUUCGAGCAGUUAUGGUGGCUAAUUGCUUAACACCUGAUCAGAAUGAAUCUAAAGAGCAAGAGGGGGGUCAACCAUCAUCUAAUAUGAAAGAAAAUCCAUUAAGCCAUACAGACAUUUCAUCUACAUCUUCUGAUUGUUCUAACGAGACUAUUCAGCACCAGAAAGAGGAGAAAAAAUCUGGAUUACAGUGCAAUACUUUAGAGGGUAUAUCUAUGAAUUGGACGAAGCUCGACAACUGUUUUCAACACAUCUGUCCCUUACAGUACAAUCAAGAAUAUAAUUCUCAGAUUACAAACUCCUUUCGCAUAGAAAAUACUCAGCAGGAUAAAGAGAGCGAACAAUCUGUAAAUACAAAAGAAGACAACGUCGACGAGAUAGCAAACAGCUGCGACAAGUAUCUUAUUUUCACGACCGGAUCGGAGACUUAUAUACCACACCAAAUAGCUUUUAAGAGAAUAAAAGACCUGAAAUUUCCUACUAGCAUAUACCCAGGACGUUUAUACUCGCUGAGAGAAAGAAAACGAGACAGAAAAUUGGAAAGAGAACGGGAGAGAGAACGAGAGAGAGAAAAUCCCAAUGGCAAUUUUUUGGACGUUGAAUCCAUAGCCGACAAAUUUGACAAGAUAGAUCAUGUAAUUGAUUUACACGGUCACAUUGUAGGAAUGGGACUUUCCCCCGAUCAUAGUGGUGCGGAAGAUAAAUAUGGCUAUCUCUGGGACAGAUAUUAUGGGAUGUGUUUGGCCAAACUUCCUCAUUCGGAUGUUGUCAAUUCAGUUGCCUUUAAUCCAUGUGAUCCCGAAAUGUUAAUUACAACAAGCGAUGAUUAUACCAUCAAAAUUUGGCGUAGUCGGGCUAAGGUACGUGCGUUAAGCUUGAACGAAAAUUCUUAUCCGAGGGGCAUUGAAGUACAAAGUAGACAUAAGCAUCGACGAACCUAUAGUACAGAUCGACUGAACAAUAGUGACUGUUGA